AUGCGGACCGCACAGGUAACGAGUCGGUCAGAGGUCACGGAGCCGGCAUGGUGCCAGCGACCGACUCAAAACAAACAUGUGGUGAUGGGUAAUUUCACUGCAUACGGCGUAACAACCGGCCAGCAUGCUGCAGCGGCAAGCAGGACUGCUCUCGUACAGCAGUCAGCGACAUCCACUUCGCCACCGGCGCAACCAGCUCGUUCCGAUCGUACAUGGGCGUGCUAG